AUGGAACAUAAUCUAACAAGUAGCCAGCGUGAUGUCUCAAGCAAAUCAGCUGGUUCUUGGAGGUUGAAGCAAAAGAAAGGAAACGCUGGCGCCACGCUUAAAAAUUACGGUUCCCCAAUUGGACAAGCUAUUGAGAGAGUAAAGCAAGUGGAUUUGGAUGGAGGAAGGGUACAAAUAACCAUUGACGGGUUCAAAGCAAUUGUCUUCGAAACAACAGUGGAAUCCCAUAGCAGCGAAGAGACAACUGUUAUUCUUCGGGACGAGCUCUUGCAUGGAUACUGCCGGGAAUGUCUGAGUCUAUGCCAUGAAUCCAGCAGAUGUCCUACAUUGUUACUGAAGAAGGAAAGAAGAGAUGAGACGCGUUAUUCAGUAGAGAAACCAGAUGGGGGAGAAAAGAGCUAUAAAGGAGCACUUCGGGGUUCGGGAGAGAGCAUGAAGGAUAUCACAGAUCAGGAAAAACCGAUAGGAGAAUCCUCCAAAGGGAAAGGCAAGAUAACGGAGACCCGAGAGGAGAAAAGAUCCUCUCGAUCAGGGGGGUUACAACAGAAGGCGAAUGGUGACAUAUUGAGGAGAUUUUCUCAACCAUUACAACCUAGAGAAGACAGGAAGCGGUUCGGUGGGACUUCCAGAAGCAUCCACCGAUCUACAGAAGACCAUAAUCCUGGGUUAAGUAUUAUCAAGGAUCAAACGGAGGAAGAAACAGAGAAUAAGCAUUGGGGAAGCGAUAAAGACAGUCCUCCUCAACAUUCUGCUAAGAAGGUUCGCAAGGGGUUAACGUUUGAGGAUAACACUAUGAGGAUGGAUAGUUUGGAUACCGGGAGUAAACAAGUUUCCAUGGAAGAAUCUGAGAAAGCAGUUAUCGCAGGAACAGAGGCAGGGAUUCAGGCCGAGGAGAGAGGAGGAGCAGAAGAUGAUCAGCUCGUCGACUUUGGCUCUGAGAGGAUGGUGAAGUUCAACCCACGGGGGAACCGCCCACUCAGAAAUGGACGUGAGGAUAAUCUCCCCAAUGAGAGGUUGAAGGCACCGAAUCUAACAAGUAGUCAGCGAAUAUUCUAG